AAGCAGGAUCAAGUUGUUGACUCCGGAAUCGUCCAUUACGAGAAAGACAUUCCAAAAUGCGUUCGUGUAGACAACGCGUGUUUUUUGCCAGAAACAGCACCUGUCUUUGAAAAUGGAAAGGCAGUCCGCUGUUCCUGUGACCUAUCAAGGGGGUUUAUUGGGGAUAACCUAUUCUGCACAAAAGUGAAAAGCUGCGCGCCUGGACUGGAACUUACCAAUACAAGUGGCCGGUGUAUACCAUGUCCACAUGGAACGUACAAAAACACAAGUAACUACGACUUCUGUCAGCCGCACACCGGUUGUGAAACGCAUGGUAAAGUUACCGCGAAAGAAGGAAAUGCAACUGCGGACACAAUUUGCGGAGAGCGAUUGCGACUUAGGAAAAUGUUUCUACAUAAGCCUUUGACGACCAAAAGCAAAACUGAGGUCACUUCACCUUGUGAAACAACCGAUUGCCUUGGUAGGACAGAUGAGAAAAGCUACAAUGAGGUUACCAUGGCUUCACCACGCCAGGUCCCUACUGAUCUGAAUAACUCGCACGGUCAUUCACUGAGCCUGCUGUACGGCAUCAUUAUCAUAGGUUUGGUCCUCCUUGUGUUGAUUGGAAUCGGCAAUCUAUAUCUUAACGUCAAGACAAGUAGAGGAUUUCUGAAUGUAUAUCAACACCAUCGGAGGAGGGAACGAGAUGUCGAAAUUGCUAAUGAAUCAGAAUCGCUGUCAUUAAGAGGUAUCCAAGAAGUAGGCGAAAACAGACAUCCAAAAGGAGGAACAGCUCCUGAAAAUGAAACGAUGAUCCAUGAUACUGAAGAACCAGGAACAUUUUAUCCUCCAAUCAACGAAAACCCCGCUGAGCCAACCGCACCAGAUCUGUCUAUCCCAGGACUGGCAUGUCCACCAAUACAUGUUUCAUCAGCCUGGUCUACUUCAAAUCCAUCUAACAAGGGCUGUUAAGGAAUGUACAGCCAUCCACAUAAGGAAACAUACACAUAGUAUUAAUAGUCUAAACACAGGUUACGUUGUAGGUUAUGAGAGACGUCGUAGCUGUACUUUAUGUCAUCUCUGUCUUAUACACGAGCUGGGUGACCACAGCUAGUUUGCUGUUAAGAAACACUCGAAAUUGAUAAUGAAGACAUAAUAUGUGUUGAAAAGAUCAUUUAUUAAUGACAAAUUAAUUAAGAUAUAAAGAUAUAUCCCCAAGUUAUAAAUUAGAGAAAUUAUGACUAUAACAGCAAAGAUGGGGUAAAAAAUAGGCACGACAUGCAUAUUGCACAAACAAUACACCCAUAAUUGAUUUAAAGCAAUAAUUAUCAGCGAUAAUUAUAAAGAUUAUAUAACCUGAAGAUACCAUUUGCAUAUUAGCAAGUAUAAGGAGUCAAAAAUUGACAGAUCUUUACAUGUUACACUGGGAGGGUAUAAGAGUGGGAAAUCAAAAGUGUUACAAAAACUUCCAUCAGUGGAGAUAAACUUUUACAUUCGAUUUUCGAAAUGGAGGUGACGCUACUGAGGGUCAAUCUCCUCUGUGAUAGGUCCGGUGGCUGGGCUACGUGGCUGCUGAUUGGCUGACCAAUCAAAAGCUGAUAUCGCUUCAGCCAAAAUGACCAGAGGUCAAUCAAGUCCUGGGAAGAACUCCGCCGUAGCCGGUCCCAAGCCCGCGUUGAGAAAGGAGGAGGGGAGCACCAACUGACAACACCUAACAGUCACCCCGGACUAAUGUUCUAACCUAGAGUCGCGAAUAGAGGUUGUAACCUAAAUCGAGACUUUAAACCAGCAACAUCAACAUCAACAUCAAGUCCUGGGAAUUUUCCAUCACGUGGCCCAGGUAUGGACCUCCUUCUUGACCCCUCAAUGUUAGCCCAUCUACAUAACAACCAGAAACAAUGGAAGAUGCGAGGGUCCAAAUGCCCCUCUCAUCAUAUAAUAAACAAACAAUUACAGACUGACAUAAAUGUAUUUAUUUAUACAAAUAUAAAUGAAUGUUAUUUA